AUGCCUCCCCGAAGCUCGUUGACCAGCUCUUUCUCGGUCACCGAUGCCAACAAUGAAGUCGUUUGUCCUUUGAAGAAUAACGACGGUUCCAAUUGUCGCAAGCGAUGCUUGGGAGAAAAGCGCUAUCGCUCCAUGCAGGAGCACAUCCGACGUGCGCAUCCGAAUCACUACAUCCCGAAGCUCCCGGCUACCGAAGAGAGCUUCCUUUUGAUGGUCAACACCCCACCAGAGCAAAGGGCGCAUCUUUCACCACCAGAUCCUGCUCCACCACGACGUCGACAUGAUGUGGCGGAUAGGGACAUCUACGUCGCUGACGCCAGCUCCCCGGCCACGCCGCGAGCUCUCGACGAACCCCACCCUGCUGCGGCCACCGCGGCUGUUGCGUUGGCACAAUUGCACCACCAUCGCCUAGCUUCCGACUGGGACACAGACAUGGACACCCACUCCGACACCGAUAUCACUCAAGGUCCCAUGCGCUCGUCUAUUGAACUACCGUCGCUGCGCGACCAUUUCAAACAAGAAUCUCUGCCUCCAUUCUCGGCGCGCCCGCGGGGUCUUCUUCCUUCUAUUCUGAAUCAUUCGCCUCCCGGUCGCUCAUCCACCUUACCCCCCAUCCAGCGCAAAGACAAGCUCUCUCGCCCGCGCAAAUCAUCAAUCUCGCAAUCGGCCCGGAAACCUAAGCAUGAUCGCUCAAAAUCAAAAGAGUUUGGUCGCCGACCGAGCCUGGGCGACCGUAAGGCGUUAUCGGCGGAACCUCAAACGGCGGCAUGGGCGCAAGGCAAGCGCUGGGAAGAUCUGAUUGAAGCGGCGACGUCGGCUACGGAAGCUGAUGAUGAACGGUACUCUGAGGCUGGUCGAUCUCCGACUAUUGCCCCGCUGCUCGCCAACGUCACAUCGGCGCCAUCUGGCCCUAAGAACCGGUCUUCACUACCCCCAGCUUUCCAAACUGGAGGACUUCCGCCUCUUGGGUCGCACAGAGCCUUCCCACCACCCUAUGCUGCUUCGCCUCUACACAAGUCACUUACCCCGCCACCAUUCGAGAGCCGCGGUCGCGACAGUGAUUUGGAACCGUUCCCUUCGAUUGAAUCAUCUCUUGACUCAAUGUCGACAGCAUCUGGAAAGAACUUCGCUUCGUCAUCAUCCGGAAUGGCUCAUUCUGUUAAUUCGGAUACCAGUCCGGUUCUUAAUCUUAUCCCGCCCAUUUCUCAACGCCAGCAUCAUAGGUUCUCGAACCCCACCCCGGCCUCUUUCCGUAAUAAGGACAUUCAAAUCUACUGUGCCCAGUGUAAACGACCGUGGGCUUUGAAUGAAUGCUUUGCCUGUACAGAGUGCAUCUGUGGCGUUUGUCGUGAAUGCGUUGGCAUGUUUGUCGCCAGUCCGCCUACUUCCUUCCGCAGCCCAGGAAAUGGUCACAUGAACAACCUUCCACCAGCGCCGACAAGCUAUCCGAGUGUCAGAGGUUGUCCUCGCUGCCGGACAGUCGGAGGGAGGUGGAGAGCUUUCCAGCUAGACUUCAAGUGA